AUGACUGCCAUGGAAACCCAACUCCUUCUGUUGUUAGGCCUGUCUGUUUGCAGGAUGUCCUGCAUGCUCCAGUCUGCUCCAAGGGUACACUUGUCCUUCAAAGAGCUCAUGGACACACGAACAGCCCGGCCAUUCAGCUUCUCCUUCAACACCAGUGACUACCGAAUCCUUCACAUGGACCAGGACCAGGGACGGCUAUAUUUGGGCAGUCGCGAGUACCUGGUGUCUCUGGACAUGCAGAAUGUCAACAAAGAGCCUCUCAUAAUUCAUUGGCCUGCCACUGCCCAGAGAAAAGGUGAAUGCCAGAUGACUGGAAAAGGCAGACAUGGCGAAUGCGCCAACUUUGUUCGUCUCAUUGAGCCGUGGAACCGGACACACCUUUAUGCCUGCGGCACCGGGGCCUACAGACCCAUCUGUACAUUCAUACACAGGGGGUGGAGAGCUGAGGAUUACCUGUUUAGGCUGGUUCCUGGAUUUGUAGAUUCUGGGAAAGGCAAAUGCUCUUAUGAUCCAAAUCAGGAGAAUGUAGCUGCUCUUAUCAAUGGGAAUCUAUAUGCUGGCGUCCAUGUGGACUUCAUGAGCACGGAUGCAGCGAUCUUUAGGACCAUGGGGAGCAGGCCAGCCAUUAGGACUGAGCAGUAUGACUCAAGGUGGCUAAAUGAGCCUGUAUUCAUCCAGAUCAGGCAGAUUCCAGACAGCUCAGAAAGGAAUGAUGACAAGCUCUACUUCUUUUUCCGGGAGAAGACUUUGGAGGCAGGAGCGGGGGCCAGCCCUACUGUUCUGGCCAGGGUCGGACGUGUUUGUCUGAAUGAUGAGGGAGGGCAGAAGUCCCUGGUGAAUAAGUGGACGACCUUCCUUAAAGCAAGACUAGUGUGUUCUGUCAUUGGGGAUGAUGGUGUGGAAACAUUCUUUGAUGAACUGAGGGAUGUUUUUAUUCAACCCACUCAAGAUGAGCGAAAUCCUGUAGUGUAUGCGGUUUUCUCUACAGCUGGCUCAGUGUUCAAAGGUUCUGCCGUCUGUGUGUACUCCAUGUCAGACAUCCGUAAUGUAUUCAACGGGCCCUUUGCCCACAAACAUGGACACAAUUAUCAGUGGACAACUUACACGGGCAAGAUUCCCUAUCCUCGACCAGGCACAUGUCCUGGAGGAACUUUCACACCUGGAAUACGCUCCACAAAGGAGUUCUCCGAUGAGGCUGUAAACUUCAUACGAACACACCCACUGAUGUUCCACCCGGUAUACCCUAUACACAAGCGCCCCCUUGUGGUGCGUACUGGGGUGGAUUAUCGCUUCACUACUAUCACCGUCGACCAAGUAGAUGCUGUAGAUGGCCGCUAUGAGGUGCUUUUCUUGGGAACAGACCGUGGUACAGUCCAGAAGGUGAUAGUUCUUCCCAAAGAUCCCAGUACUAUGGAAGAACUCACUUUGGAAGAAGUAGAGGUUUUCAGGAUGCAAGCUCCUGUCAAAACGAUGAAGAUAUCUGCCAAAAGGCAACAGCUGUACGUGUCAUCGGAUGCGGGACUGACACAGGUGUCCUUGCAUCGCUGCGGUGUCUAUGGCAAAGCCUGCUCCGACUGUUGCCUGGCCAGAGACCCGUACUGCGCCUGGGAUGGAGAAAACUGCUCCCCUUUCACUCAGGCCACCAAAAGGAGAAGCAGGAGGCAGGAUGUUAAACACGGUGACCCACUUCGUCAGUGCAGAGGUUUCAAUGCCAAAGUGGAGAAGCGGCUGAAAGAGACGGUGCAGUUUGGGGUGGAGGGAAGCAGCACUUUCCUAGAGUGUCAGCCCCGCUCCCCGCAGGCUACAGUCAAAUGGCUCUAUCAGAAAGACGGCAGAAGGAAAAUACUCAAUCGCGACAGAGAAGUACUGAAGACUCCGCAGGGCAUACUGCUUAAGUCUCUGACUAAAUCUGAUGCUGGUCUCUACCACUGCCUCGCCACAGAGAACAACUUUAAACACACGCUGGCGAGGGUGGCGCUACGCAUCCUCGACAGAGACAUAGCUGUUGCCCUCACUUCCCCUGACGACGAAGUGGAGGAGGGACGACACCACAGCCGCCAAAAAGCAGCUCCGCCCCUCCAGACCCACGCUGCGCAUCCCUCGGAUCCGGAAGUGCUUCUCAUCCACCAGUACUGCCAGUCUUACUGGGAGCAGCUGACCGCUCAGCAGUCCCAGCUGCCGAAGCGUACAAGUCGCAGACAUAUCGAGAGCCAAAACCACAGCGCGGGAUGA